AGGGGAGGAGUUUCUUUGGAGAAAUUGUCUUUUUGCUUGAGCACAAGAAGGUAAAGUUCAGAACAGUGUCUGAAAUAGAAUGGAAAGACUAUAAUAGAACCUAUUUAAGCUUCCCUGUCUGCUGUCUCUGUAGCAAACAGGAGUAUAUUUACUUGAACAGCUUUUUAGAAGAUUGCACAGUUUCUAGUCAGAAUGCAUCAGGUUUUAAGUUUGAACAGUCAGAUAUUUUCCCAGAGAAAGAAGUCUCUUAAAUGGAAGCUAUGCACUUGCAUAGGUUAUCACUUAAAACUUGUAUCUUGGGUGUAUUAUCACUCAGAUGCUGAAAGUUGUCAUUGCUUCUAAUGGCCCACCCCAAAUCUGCCUCUUACAAUGGCUGUAUUUUAGCCCCCCCCUUCUUUUAAUAAAUGUUGGAGAUUACUUCAUUGUCCACCAUUGUACACCAGACUAACAGCUACGCACGUUGGUCUGUGUGGCAGUUAACUUUUAGGGUCCCUAAGUUUUACAAGACAAUACCUAUAAUCAAGACUCACAUGAACCCUCUUGGAGCAGAACAUGUCUUUUUCACCUUGGAUUUUCACCUUGAAAGAAAUUCUGUAUUGAACUUUGUAAGUUUAUUCCCUUGCAGUGGGAAAAGCCUGCUGUGCUGUAAGGUCAAUAGAGGACAGAUGACCGCAGCUAUCCAUGAUGUGUCACUCCUACCUACCAUUGAAAAAUGAGGACACUGAUGAUGAACUGUACAAACAGGCAAGAGUGGCUCUGGUUUUUAGAUCUCAUCACAACUCUACCACUGCAAAUGUACUCUAUUUUUCUAGUUGAGGAAUUUUUUUAAACUCAUUUCUGUAUUUGACACAUUAGUGUUCAGCCAACGUUGUUACCAUCCAUUUUACUUUGCUUUCAUUAUUGUUUUUAAUUUAAUAUAUUUGAGUCUAAGUCCACGUAGAUUGUUUUGCAAUAACUAGAAUGAUUCGCUUUUAUUUAGAUUUAAUUUCUUAACAGUAUUUAAUAAAAGAUGCAAAAUGGCUGUUAAAUAAGGGACCAUUCAAUGUGAUUUUAAGCUUCUGUUUACUAUUACGGAUGUCAUCCUUAUAGUAAAUUUAAUUGUGUAAAGUAGUGUACAAUAUUGUAUUAUUAAACCUUUCCUUUCUGAACUUGGACAUUUGAUCUUCAGUAUGAAAUGAUAAAUCUUCCCCCUUCUGAAUUUGAGACAGGAUUUCCUUGUCCUCCUUUUUACAGUUUGUAAUUUUCACUCUUUUAUUCCUGUAAAAAGUCAUUUGUAACACACGCAAAUGCUUAUUUUAUCUGUGCUAAUUUAUCAGAUUUGGCUACUCAAUAAAAUUAAUUGAAAGAACUCAUGCCAGUCCGUCAGUCCUUUCUUAGCAAUGAAAUUAAACUACUGUAUUUGAUCAAUCAAGAUAAGUAGCAUGUAGUAGCAGUGAUAAAUUCUACUUUUAGCUAAAACUUUCCUGUCAGCGAUCCAGGAGAGGGCACUGAGGAAAGCCAGUUCCAGUUGAUUUAGAAGUUGUCAAUGGCAUUUCUUUUUUUGUCCCUUGUCAUUCAGCAUCACUAUUUACCCUACCUUGGGCUGUUACUCUCAUAAGCCCCCCCUGGUGCUGCAUUCCACCACGUGGAACUCUGCUGUCCAGCAGGAAAUUGGUCUUAAGCCAGUGGCACUGAUGGGAGGAAUUCAGGCUGCCUUCAGCAGUGCUCCCAGCACAGUGCUUCAUUUCACUGUAGGUUUUCUCACGUCUUCAUGUAACAUUCCACUCUUUUAAUGCUUUAUUUAUCGAAGGCAUUCCAUCUUCUGCUUGUCAGUUCUUUUAUGAGCUCUCAUUGCUGCUUCUGGUUUGUUGUGUAUGAGUUCAUGUGUGAGCCCGGUGCUUUGAACUCUGUAUGUAACAGGAUCCUAUUAUUCUCUAAAUCACCUACCUUAGAAAUUACUGACUGGACCUAUCAGCAAUAGCAGCACUGUUUUCUCUCUCUAUUGAUUUGCUGCUGCAUUCGGUGCUCCAGCAGCACAGCCCUCCCGCUGUAGGCCUGGGGAAGGGCCCAGCCCUGCUCCGUGUCACGGCCUGACGGAUGGAGUGGAAGUCCUUCAGCGCUGAGGGGGAUGGAGGAGAUCAGCUGCACUGAUGAGGAGAAUCUGUGCCACUGCCCGUUUGCUUUGGCUCUCAGAUGAUGAAAGUCACGUGGAAUCAAAACUUCAACACGAGCAAGAUAAAUCCAAUUCCCUGCCUCUUCCUUCUGUUUCAAAGCGAAUCGUGCUUGGUGAUUCUGUCUCUAAUGUGUCCGGAGCAGCUGACCAUGCAGGCAGCGUGGGAGACCUCAAAGGCGAUAAGGACUUGUUCAGUAAGACCCCUCAGCUUGUCAGUGAGGGCACAGGCGAGCUCCGUCACCGUAACAGAGGGGAGCUGCCAUCUGAAGCUGCAGCACGGCCACCCAGGCAUGGAUUAGAACAAUACUUAUCCAGAUUUGAUGAAGCUCUGAAGCUGAGGAACCAGCUGAUGAAUGAGAAGCCAAGCCAAGAGAAUGGGAAUGCAGUGGAGGAGUUUGAUUCUUUCCGCAUUUUUAGAUUAGUGGGAUGCGCUCUGCUUGCCAUUGCAGUAAGGGCGUUUGUGUGCAAGUACUUGUCAAUAUUUGCACCCUUUCUUACUCUACAACUUGCUUACAUGGGACUAUCCAAGUACUUUCCAAAGAGUGAGAAGAAGGUGAAAACUACAGUACUAACUGCUGCUCUUUUACUGUCUGGAAUCCCUGCAGAAGUGAUCAGUCGCUCUAUGGACACCUACAGCAAAAUGGGAGAUGUUUUCACAGACCUCUGUGUCUAUUUCUUUACGUUUAUCUUUUGCCACGAACUCACUCUGUUCUUCGGCUCUGAAGUACCAUGAUGGCCAUAGAGUUCAGUGCAGUACUUACACUAAAGCUUUCCGGUCUGUAUGCCUUUACCAUCUGACAGGUUUAAACCUUAGUUAAAAUUCUUUCCUGUUUUUGAAUGCUUGAAAGGAGCCUUACAUCCAGUCAUCUGGGAGAUGGAACAGCAAGGUCCCAGGCUGCCAGUUGUAUUAGUUUGGUUUAUUUAAAUACUGUGUCUGCCCACUAAAAAUGUGAAGAAUAGAAUGCAAGUGUUGCCGGAAGAUUUGUUUAGUAAGUUGAUGUCCUUCUCACCUCCUUCAUAAAAAUUUACAGAGCUGCCUUUGUUCCUUCUGGUGAGAGCAAGGGGAAUUCCUUUCAGCAGAACCAUAUAUAUAUAUAUAUAUAGUACAAAUAUAGCUAAUAUAGCUCAUUUUGUGUUGCUCCUGUUCUUAAAGAGAGCUCUAAAUGAAAGAAAUCAUUUUGUUGUUCCAGUUCAGGUUGUCAAACUAAGUAGCUGCUUUUGGAGAAGGUUGGCAAAACGUGCCGCUGUUGUCCUAAACCUUGCCUUACAUUCAUGGUGUGAUUGUGGUUGAUUUAAUUUGAUGAUUAUGGGGCAAAACAGCUAAGCAAAAAAAAAAAAAAGGCAAACAAAUCACCCAACCUCCUGUUGUUUACAAGUGUCAGUCAUAAAAAGUAGGAAGAAACAGAGUUGUUAAAAUGGUGACUCUCAUCUGUUUGUGAGUUCCCAGCAGCCAAUUGCUAGCAUAGCUCACUGUGCUGCUUUCUCAACAAAUGAACAAAAAAUACCACCUCACCUCAGGAGGGGAAGCAGACCAGCCACUGAGCUGCAGUGUCAACCACUUGUCUGUUAUAUGUACAAAUAGGGUUUUGCAGGACUGCCUAGGACAGCUUUUUUCCUACAUGACCUUCAUUAACUUGAUACGUUCGUGAUCAAACAGUUGUGUGUAAACAGAACUAUAAUUGCCUGGGAGUUCUGCUACUGCUUUAUGACAGUACUACACCCCAGUAGUAUAAACAGGGUCUUUGAUUCAGCAGAUCUGUGGAUGUUGACUGGUUUGCUAACCGUUCCCUUAAGUGUUUUUGAAACUGGCCCAGUGAAAUCAUAUUAGCUGUUCCCGUUUUAAAUCCCGUGCAUUACAUGUGAGAGGAAAAUAAGAAAGAAACUGUUGUUUUUAAUUGACUGCCACAUAAAGAUCCAUGUAUAAAGAGAGAAAGCAUACUUUCCCGAUGGAUGUCCAGCCACGUAGCUGAAAAGACAACAGAUCCAAGUGAGUCCUGGCUAAAGUAGCAGGCUAAUGAAUGUUCUUGUUUUCCAUUAUAAGAAUUGUGGUGAGAGGAGGGAGGUGCCAUUCCAAAUAGCCUUACCUGCUGCUGAUCUGUGAAAAUGUACGUUGAAGGUAAACUUGGUAUGAUUUUGCUUUCUAGUUUUCUGAAUGUAGACACUGAGGUAACAGGACAUGCACUGCUGUUAGUGUAGAGAGACACGUAGCUACCUUGUUGUCUGCAGAGCUUUUUUAGGGAGCCAAAGUGGUUGAUUAUCCUCAUUUAACACACAUGGCCCUGCUUUCUGUGUAGCCUUUCCUGUUAAAGAUUCCUGCUAAAAUUUCAGCACUGGAUCUCAGACUCUUGUGUUAGAUUUGUUUGUGGCAUGACAGCUUGUGCAUUGCUUUGACAAUUGGUUUUUUUUUACUGAUUAUCUUCCAGUGGAUGUUAUAUUUCAGGUGUCCAAAGCUGGGCUGGAAAUGGUUCUGAUUUAGGCCUGUUAGCACAGAUAGAAAUAAAGCUUCUGAAGCAGACAGGAAUUUCACCAAAUUGAAAUAGCUGACAUGAAAAAUAAGAUGUAGUAAUGUUGUUUAAAAUGUUACCACUGUUCUCACCCCCCAUACGCCCAAAUGCAACACAACUAAGUGGCAAAAGUACCAUCUGAAAAAGGCAGUGAGCUUUUAAUCUUAAGCAACUAAUAGUAAUAUCCACCUGGAUGACAAGGCAGGUGAGCACCUGGUGUAGGUUCAGUCAGCCCCUCAUGCAGUCCUUCUGUACUGCUGGUGCCUGAAGGUGGUGCAGCUUGUUUUGUCUGGAAGGUGCUGGAAGGAAACGUGCCAGGAGAGCCCACGUGGAGCUCCUCAGCCUGCAGAUGUGUGCUGCUGCCCGGUGGGCUCCCAGCUGGGGCUGUGGAACGUGGACUCCUUGUCUGCGAGGGAUGGGGAAGGGCUGGCUGGGCUUCUGUGAGUGACUCCUCAUCUCAGGCCAAGAGAUGAAUCUCCUUCAUUCCGUUUUAACUUAUCUUUGUUUAUCCUUGUUGUUUAAUGUAUAUUGCUGAACUGAUUGUUUUCUAUUAAAAGUAAAUUUGUUACCCCCCCA